GCCGGAAACAAUAGUGCAGGAGUCGGAGCCGCACGGAACGGCUGCAAGAGGCACUAUGAACGAAGAGGAGCAGUUUGUAAACAUUGAUUUGGAUGAUGACAACAUUUGCAGUGUUUGUAAACUGGGAACAGACAAAGAAACACUCUCCUUCUGCCACAUUUGUUUUGAGCUAAGUAUUGAGGGAGUCCCAAAAUCUAAUCUCUUGCACACCACAUCAUUAAGGGGCCAUAAAGACUGCUUUGAAAAAUACCAUUUGAUUGCAAACCAGGAUUGUCCUCGAUCUAAACUUUCAAAAAGUACUUACUAUGAAGAUGUUAAAACCAUUUUGAGUAAGAAGAUAAACUGGAUUGUACAGUAUGCACAAAAUAAGGAUGCAGAUUCAGAUUCUGAAUGUUCUAAAAAUCCCCAGGAUCACCUGUUUAAUUUUAGGCAUAAACCAGAUACAAAGUUACUCCCACAGUGUGACUUCCAAGUACCAAAGUAUUCUGCUAAGUGGAUAGAUGGAAGUACAGGUGGCCUCUCAGACUGCACACAGAGAAUAUUGGAGCAGAGAGAAAAUACAGACUUUGGGCUGGCUGUGUUACAGGAUUCAGGUGCCACUUUAUGCCACAGUAGUGAACUGUGGCCUCACAGUCAAAACCAGGCACAGAAAAAAGAAGAGACAAUCUCUAAUCAAGAGGCAAAUGUCCAGUCCCAGCAUCCUCAUUACAGCAGAGAGGAAUUGAAUUCGAUGACUUUUGGUGAGGUAAAGCAACUGAAUGCAAAGCUCCAACAGCAAAUACAGGAAGUUUUUGAAGAGUUAACACAGCAAGUGCAAGAAAAAGAUUCUUUAGCCUCAGAGCUCCAUGUCCGUCAUGUUGCCAUCGAAAAGCUUGUCAAGAACUAUUCCAAGUUACCAUGUCUGCAAGUGGGACGAACAGGAAUGAAGUCACACCUGUCCAUAAACAACUGAGCUCAACUGAACACUUACUUCCUACACCCUACCAGUUACUGGUCUGCCAGGCAUGCAAACGCAGAACAAGAUGAAGACAGUUAUGGUUCAUUUUGUUAUGGUCAUUAAAUUUGCAAAGCUUAAAGGCAGUAUUUAUCUUUGUCAAAUAAAGCGGAUCAUUGCACUUUAGGCUUCUAGGGUAAAUCAUUUUGGCUUAUUUUGGGAAUCUUUUUUCCCAUAAUUACUAAGUGGCCCUUUUACCACAUAAUGACUGUUUAAAUAUACUGUUACAGUGUGAUUUUAUUACACACAGUUUAAUGUAAUUAAUUCACCUUUCAAAACAAUAGGUUAACAAACUCCUUAGAUUAGUCUGAACU